UAUUCACUCAUAAACAAGUAACUCAACCCUGUAAUUUAUGUGAGAUAAUCAUGUGUAUUAUCUCAGGACAGUGAUUGGGAACACCUAUAAAGCUUGGUGUUAGUGCAGGUAAAAUGGCAACACUGAAGACAUAUCUGACCAGCACAGAUGGAGAAGGUUAUCCUCUUGUGUGUGCUUUCCAUCUGUCUCUCACCCGUACAUACUCAGAAAUUUUUCUUCAGCCCAAAAUGGGGCCCCAUUGGCUAUAAAGUGCACGAAGAGCGUGAUGGUGGGACAGCAAUGGAUGAAAUCAUUAAAGCUAAUGAGUUCCAUGCUUCCCAAAUGCUAGAUGGCACUACCAGUCUCAGAGAGGGAGACAUUGCUGUGUCUUCUGGAAGGCGCUCCAAAGUCUGCUUUGCACGGAGCUGCCUCUGGUCCAAAUCAGUGGAUGGACAUGUCUACAUUGCAUACAGCCUCUCACCUGAGUACUCUGAAACUGAGACAAAGCUGAUAAAGCAAGGAAUGGAGAACAUAGAGAAAGGUACCUGUGUGCGGUUUGUUCCGUGGACUCACCAGCAAGACUACAUUGACAUCCAGCCAAAGUCUGGGUGUUGGUCCUACCUUGGUGCACGUGGUGGAAGACAGACCGUAUCUCUCCAGAACCCUGACUGCCUCCAAGUUGGAGUGAUUUCCCACGAAUUCAUGCACACCUUGGGCUUUGUGCACGAGCAGUCCCGCUUUGACCGGGACAACUAUGUCACCAUCAUGUGGCCAAACAUCUGGAGGGAUCGUGUGAGGAACUUUGAAAAAUUCAGGACUGACAUUCUGGACCUACCAUAUGACUACGGCUCAAUUAUGCACUUUGGGAUGUAUGCCUACUCUCAGAAUGGGCAGCCAACCAUCAGUCCUAAGAACAAGGACAUAAAGCUGGGCCAGGCAUCAACUCUCAGUCGCAUUGACAGGCUGAAAAUCAACAAACUUUACAAAUGUGGUGACGAUGAUGAUUACUGACUAAAUUGAAGUGGAGG